CUUGUCUAUCUUUUCCCUGCUGCCUAUCUAUAGACCAAUCACUCAAUGCCCUGCGACAGCUUAAACAGCUGUUCUAUACUCGAUCGGUACGCAUCAUCAAUCGAAGAAUUAGCAGACAGCCGUGCAUGCGACCUGUUCAUGGAUCUGGUGUCCCCUUGUGUCUGGUUGAGGAAGACAGCAGUCGAGUUGAGCACAUUGGCAGGGUGGGCACACUCGAGGGCGGCGAGAAGGGACAAACGAAUGUCACAGAGCUCAACAUGGCCAUGACCUGACAGAAGGAGACACGGAGACUGGCGUUCUUGUGUGUCUGAGUCUCUUGUGCAUGUCUGUGUCUGGUGUCUGCCUGUCGGGCUUUGGAUUUCUAUGAGGCUCCGCGAGACGGUCUCGGGGGAGAGCGGGCAGCCGUCGGGUUUCCCCACCUACACGCACAUCCGAAUUCAUUGGUGUGGUGUUGGUAUGCGUGUCUCUGUGUCUGUCGUGUGUCUCACUUUCGUUGGGAGCAUGAAAUGGGAAGCAUAUGCCCACUUCGACCUGUGCAGGAACUCCUUGUUGAACAUGUGUUUGUGGUAGUACUCCACCGCAUUGAGGGCAUAGUCGUUGCUGAGAGACACAAAUAUGCAUCUCUUCACCAGCGAGGAUGCACGUGCCCACUUGGUAUCGAAGGGGAGGAACUCAUACAUCAGCCACAGCUCGACGAUCUGAUGGGUGUCAUAGAUGCGCAAAGCAGCAAGCGACACACACGCACAGGUGCACCCACGGUGAUGGGUAGGAUUGGUGGUUGUGGGUCGAAGGUGCCGUCAUCGUUGGACAGGGGCGACAGGCUUGACGCACGGGCAUGCUGAAGCGCUGACACCAACAGAUGAGCUUGUGCAUGUCUCUAUCUAUUACUCACUCAUUGUCACCUCUGUAUAGGCCCUUGAUGUUAAAGACUUCUGUGAACACGUCCUCAUGGAUGCCCUCAGCCACCAGGUCUGCCGGCGUCAUCGUCUUGCCGGUGCGGGUGCGGGAUGCGCCAGACAUCUUGCGGAAAUCCCACUGUACAACAGCAAGAGACAAAUGAAAUGAACACUUGGGUCUCUCUCAAGUGUUGCCUCACGCAGAAUUCGGCAGUUGUCGCGUUUUUGGUUUCUUUGUGGAUGCAUUUGUGCGGGGCCAUCAUGCACAAGACGUCUCCUUCGUCACCAGGUGGCUGACUCCAGAGCUCAUGGGGACCGCCCGGCUCACCGAACUGACGAACAACAUCAUCCAUCGACAACGCAGACAUGGAUUGUUCUCUUUUGAUGGCAUUCGUUACCCACCUGUAGAGCGAUCAUAGCGUCAAAGUGUGCUGCUGCCGCAUAGAGAGUAAAUGGGGUCGGCAGACACAUCUCGCUCAGCGCCAUCACCGUAUCAGCGCUGGAGCCUGCAACAGCACACACACCUUGCCUCUCCGAAUGCACUCAUUGACGUGGCCUGUCUCUUACGUUCAAUGCCCUUGGUCCAUGCUAGGCCAAAUGUGGCAAACAUGCUCUUGAUGGCGUGAAGGCGCGGCAGCUUCAUGGGGUCCAGCGGUGGAUCAGGAACGAAGGAUGCCGUCAGGAGACUGAUUAGGCAGAGAAGUUCCCAUCAACAUGUCCUAUGUGUGUGCCGUCCGACCCUACAUAUAUUGUGAGACAGGAAUCCACUCGAGCAGAUCCAUGUGCUCAUCGUGAUUCAAGUUCACAACUGUGAGGAAGCGAGGCGGCCACAAUGGCGAACAGUUAUGUGUGCUGAUGUCUGAUUACCUGUCCACCACUGCAUGACGUGCUCGUGGCAUAUCUGCACGUGCUCGCCUUUGCGUAUCCCCGACGCCUCGAUGAGCUUCGUCAACGCACAGUGGAAUUGGUGGAAAUCGAGGACACCUGCGUUGGCACACUCGGCUGUGUACGUGCGUAAGUGCAGCUGGGGGACUGGACGCUGCGUCCGCUCACCCGAGACCGUGAGCUCAAGAAAUACAUCGAGAAUGAAGUGCUCCUGAUAAUACAGAAAUGAACGCGAAAGAUGUCAUUUGCUUAGACACCCUUCGGGCCAUCGAAAUUACGGUGUCUCGUUACGUCACGUACCCCAGGGCAAAGCCGCAUGUCUUCGCUGUCGUCUCUGUUGGUGCAAUCGUCAGCUGCCUUGGUAUCGAUCCGCAGAUUCUUGUUGAUGUCGAGAACUGACACACACAGCAACACAUGCACGGUGUGUAUGAAAAGAUGCAGGAAGGAUGCACCAAGUUACGGAAGAAGACGUAUGUGGCUUCCAUGAUGGACGUGACGCCAUCGGCAGAGAAGUCGAAGGCAGCGAGGGACCUCUUGUGCCGCAGCAUGCACAUGACCCACUCAGCGUACCCACAACCUGACACACGGAACGUGACCAAAAGAAAGAGGUGGACAUUGCACACAUACGUGAUGCAUGGAUACCUUCUGGCAGCCGAUCGCUGUGCAGACUGCCCCUCCUGUUUGUAAGGGUGACGUUGGCCGACUUCUGCAGCUUGGAUACCAUCAGCAUGCGAUCCGAGGGCGCCUCAUCCUCACUCUCAUAACCGCUCUGCGAGACAUGCACCCACGCCUUUCAUUCGGUAUCCAAGAGACUCGGACUCGCGGACUUACCUCCUCGCUUUGUCGGUCCUCAUCGGAUUCCAUGUCUGACUCAGGGGGCACCGGCUCGACCACCAUCGGCCUGGGCGGCCCACGGAGGAGGGCGUUCUCCACUUCAUGCUCGCUCCCACUCUCACUCUCACUCUUACUCUCGCUGCCUUCGCUUUCGGUGUCGCUGAAUUCACUCUCGGUGUCACUGCCUGUAAGCAUCCACGCACACUCACUUGGAGACUCAUUUUCGUUUCGACAUCUUCUUGCUUACCUUGUUCUGAUUCUUCCUCGCUCUCCUCUUCCAUGGGUGGCGCUCUGGUGAUCGCCUUCGGCGGCGAUGUGGGCAGCGGCCGCGGAGGCUCACGGGGCCUCUCCAUUUCUGCAGAAAGAAAACAUGGCCAUCGGUGGAUGCACUCAAGUCUCGUCUCCUGCAAUUGGACCUUCGUCACAUCCCUCGGAAGUGCCCGAUACGACUGUCGUUGGCGGGUGAAUGGGGUGAGGGCCCUGGAUGCCCAGCGCCUCAAACAGAUGAUGCUGAAGCGAGACACAAACCACCAUUCUCAUUCGAUUAUGAAUGGAUGAUAGGUGGACGAAUAUAUGUACCUUGAGUAUUCCCAGCUCAUCGACUCAUGCGCAGUGCUCCAGUGGACGGCGGCUGCAGCCGCAACGCUGAAGGAACGAACACCCGUACCCAUGCACAUAGCAGCGGGUUUGUGCAUACGCACCUCUGGCGUUGGGACGGCCCAAAUGUCAUCGGUGGCCUCCUCUGUCAUCUGCAGAUCGGGGCGCAGCAUGUGCGCGAACUCACGCAACAUGCCCUUCAUCAACUUGUUCUGACACACACCAUGCACAAACACCGUGGCGUGCCUGCCUGUCUCCGAUAAGGCAACUCAUGGAUUGCCGUUACCUGGUCUCUUAUCUCCUGUCGGAGUCUCAUCAUGGCCGCGUCCUUCAUCCUGCCCGUCUCCUUCUCCCGCCUCAGCCCCUCAGUCAAGCCCUUCAAGUACUCAACAAUGCCACGAUUCUCACCCUGGGAUAGCUCCGACGUCUCCUGCUGUUGCUUUCCUCUCUCGUGUGUCAGCUUGACGUGCAUGUGGUGGUGCGCCUUGGCCUUGGUCGCGCCUGAGCCUCUGCGGAGGCUCAUGAACGAUUUCUUCAGCAGCUGUUUGAGCAGGAAGUCUGCCUCCUGGCUGUUUGCACUGUGGUUCGAUGGCAACCCGGUGAGGAAAGGGAUGAGCCAGGAAGACACCAGAAUCAUACAGAUGAACUUCAUUGCGACUAAUGAGUAGCGAGGAUGAUGGGAUUGCGCGCUCUUUUGCACUGCCUGACUGAAGGCACAGCCAAAAAGCGAGACGCUGUGUGAGACGCGGCAAGUAGAGGGCGUGCAAUAAGAGAGAA